GUUAAAAUCCUAGCAAGGGGGAGGAAAACGUUGACUAUUGCAUCACAUGUGAAAAUUUGAUGGCCGAAGCCCCAGUCAGUGUGAGGCGGACACGCGCCCAGUCAAGACGUGAGCUCCUCGCCCUUAUAUACCCUCUAUUUACACCUCUUAUCUGUGGUGUGUGAACAGUAAAGAUGGCUGGUGGAAUGCCUGAUAGGAAUUUUCUAAUGAGUGUUUUCCAGCAAGUAGACAAAGAUCGCAGUGGAGCUAUAGAUGCCAGAGAGUUGCAGUCAGCACUCUCUAACGGAAACUGGACCCCGUUCAAUCCAGAUACUGUUCGACUAAUGAUUGGUAUGUUUGAUAAGAAAGGGUCGGGAACAAUCACAUUUGAAGAGUUUGGAUCAUUAUGGAAGUAUGUAACAGAUUGGCAACAGUGUUUCAGGACCUUUGAUAGAGACAGUUCUGGCAGCAUAAAUAAAGAUGAGCUCAAGACUGCUAUUACAACAUUUGGAUACAGGUUUUCAGAGCCAUUUUACGAUGUGCUAAUGAGGCGCUUUGAUAGGUCCGGAAAAUGUUCGAUCCAUUUUGAUGAUUUCAUACAAUGCUGUAUAGUACUUCAUACGUUGACUUCAGAAUUCCAUCAACGUGAUCAGGACCAGACUGGAACUGCCACAUUUACUUAUGAACAGUUUAUGUUGGUCAUGGCUAGAGUCUUGUAAGGUUGACAGUCUAUGAGUGGUGCUAAAAUGACUUCUGUCACAUACUCUAACCCAGGCCUUUAGCUACCAUGACUCGGAUCGCGACGGUGUCAUCACAAUCACGUAUGAACAGUUCCUUCACAUGGUGUUUAGUCUUAGAGUUUAGAUACAGUAUAAACUAUUCACAAUCUAGGUGCAGCAUUUCACUAAAUAAGCGGGUCAGGUUAUUGCCAAGUUUAGUUUUACACACCUUGUUGAAACAGUGCAUUUUCUAUAAAAUGUUAAAAUAAUUAAGGAUAACCAUUUAACUGUGAGAUGACUAGUAUUAGCAGAUUCCAUUGUUCCAUUAAAGAUAGAUUGUUAUAUUAAACUAUGUUAAUUCCUCUAUGGUGAAUAUGGCCUGCCACUGGAGUAUUCAUAAGUACGUAUAGCUUAGCUUUGUUAAUCAUGAGGAAUGUUUAGACCUUUCCUGCAACUGUACUUGGAUUCUUAACUAGAUUAUCAUCUUACUCCAGUAUACAGUACCGCAAGAUUGCUUGACAACUUACUCCAGUAUACCGGAAGAUUGCUUGAUACUGACGUAAUUGUAGGUAGAUUUACGAUACAUCAUUUUCUCACUUUUGCAUUCAUGACAUGAAUGUUUAGAAUGUGUUUUUACAUUAUAUGCUUCUGAUAGCAUGAAUAAAUGUAAUACUGUUUACUUAUUGUUAUGGAUUGUGAAACUUGUUUAAUUUUCUUUUUAAAAUGAAUUCCUCAACAGAUGUUAUUGUUGCAGUUAUCUUCUAGUGUACUGUUCACUGAAUGUGCUUUGUGUUAAUCAUUUGUAUUGUUAAGGAACAAUGUUUUAUUGCAUAUUAAAUCUGCA